GCCGCGUACAAGUGUGAAAGAGAGGAAGAGAGAGAGAGAGAGAGAGAGAGAGAGAGAGAGAGAGAGAGAGAGCAGUAGCAGCUGGCCUGGCGCUGAUGAGGCUUUCUCUCCGAGCCACGACCAAACGCACGAGAGAAGAAUCCCAACGGAAUAUUUCAUAGUAACAUCAAAGGAUGCUGGGCUGCUGGGAGUGUCACGAAGUACAGUAACAAAAGUUCUGCUGUAGCUCCCAGACUCUCCCAUCUCUCGGUUACUAGGACCAGCAGAAACUGAUUGUUUUGGGCACUUGCUUUCCCCUUCACACCUACCAGGCCCGGAUCGGUAGUAAGGAGAGCUUUGACACUCGACACUGAGUGCGAGAGCAAUGUGUGCUAACAAAUGCACAACAGUUCGCAACACGGGGCCGAGUUGUCAGUCCCGGACGAGACUUGUAACGGUGAACUCCCGCUGGGUGUGAAUCGGCCACAGAAAUCGGUGCCUGUGUGUAUUUGUUUCUUUUUUUCUUUCUUCCUCCCACACCCCGGGAGUAGCCUGGUGUGUUCUAGAGUUGGCCGGACGCAGCGCCGAAACGGGUCAGUGAUCUGCAGUGUCUGAGUGUACACUUAAAGUCUACAUGUGCUAUGGGAAAAGCAAAACUGAAGUGUACAUUUGUGUUUAAUUACCAUCGAGGAAAGUUCCCGACCAAACUUGCAAUGAAACUUUUAUGAAAAAGCUAAUGAUUGAAGGGAACGUGGUUGUAGUGAAAAAAACUAACAGUGAAAAUGUUUUCUCGAAAAAUGAUAAACACCUUGGCGAAGGUGAAUGAGCGUGAAAUUAUUUGCUUAGGCAGUAAUUAACCACCAUCAGAAGUGUGCUCAGCAGUGAACUGAUCGUGUGUACGUGUGUGACCUUGUUGUACAUAAGUGAGUACGAGGAUUGGGAUUGAAACGGAAUAAAAAAAAUGUUUCCCGUGAAGAGAAGUGAAACGCUAACACCGAUUGUAGCGUUUGGGCAGAAGUGUGUGGUGGAGGAUACGAUCAGCGAUCCUUGUUAGAGAAGAGAUGUGCAUUUCGGUCCGUGGUUGUUUGAGUGUGUGUCAUCAGUUGUGCGUUGGCUGCUGGCCUUCCAUCGUCUACUGUUGACGUCAAGGUGCGACUAUUUGGUGUGAACGAGCAUAGUAAUAAUCAUAUCCGUUCGAGCUGGCGGGCGGCAUGAUGGAAAGAUUGCUCUCGCGAUGGAACCCCACCGGACAGUCUUCGAAGCCGUUGUUUAUACGAUAAGGCCAACACCACCGCAACGCGCACCCACGAACCUUUUAGAAGGAACAAGUAUAACAGGCCAUUCCACUGGCUUCAACGCCGUCAAACGCCGGCGGAGCAUAGCAAUCCCGGCUGCAGGAACCAACCACGAAAGCAGACGGAGAAGCGUAGUAAAAAUAGCUUAUACAGGAGCACUACCAUCGACGGCAGCAGGAUGGGUGGGUUUCCGUUCGAGCGAACGACGGUUGACAGCUUUCUGUCACGCUACACGACGGAGACAUCGAUAUCGACCGCAACGACGACGGUCACGGCCGUGGAAGAGCUAUUCUUCAACGUCACAUCGUCAUCCGACUCGCUGCCCACCGCCAAUGGGACGCUGGAAGUCCUGGUGGAGGAUCCACCGACCUAUUCGCUAGCUCAGAUCAUCAUCCUCGGCAUCAUCGCGACCGUACUCAGUAUCCUCACCGUCGCUGGCAAUGUGAUGGUGAUGAUCUCGUUUAAAAUCGACAAACAGCUGCAAACGAUCAGUAACUACUUUUUGUUCUCACUCGCCAUUGCCGAUUUUGCGAUCGGGCUGAUCUCGAUGCCAUUGUUCUCGGUCACCACACUGCUGGGAUACUGGCCACUGGGACCACAUAUCUGUGACACCUGGCUAGCGCUAGACUAUCUGGCAUCGAAUGCUUCUGUGCUAAAUCUGCUGAUCAUCAGCUUCGAUCGCUACUUUAGCGUGACGCGGCCACUGACCUAUCGAGCGAAGCGCACGACUACAAGAGCGGCCAUAAUGAUCGGUGCAGCGUGGGGCAUAAGCUUACUGCUGUGGCCACCCUGGAUCUAUAGCUGGCCGUACAUCGAGGGCAAGCGGACAGUGCCCGAGAAAGAGUGUUAUAUUCAAUUCAUCGAGACCAAUCACUACAUUACGUUCGGUACGGCGAUCGCUGCGUUUUACGUGCCAGUUACCGUGAUGUGCUUCCUUUACUAUCGGAUAUGGCGCGAAACAAAGAAGCGACAGAAAGAGUUGAAAAAUCUAACCGGUGACCGGAAGAAAGAUUCAUCCAAGCGGUCCAACUCAAGUGAUGAAAACACAGCGGUCAACCAUUCAGGAGGUCACGUAUUGCCUGCUAGCGUUGCCGAGGAUGGCUGGCGAAGACCUCGCAGUGAGUCUUCAGCGGACGCGGAAAGCGUUUACAUGACCAAUGCCGUCCUUCCGGACGGUGCCUACGGACACGGCAUGCUAUCCCGACGAUCAAGCAUCACCAUGAACGGAGUCCCGAAAAAGCCGACCACCUUCUUCGGCGGCAUCAAAGAGUGGUGCAUCGCGUGGUGGCAUUCCGGGCGCGAAGACUCCGACGACUACGGGUAUGACGUCGAGGAACCGUCGGACUUAGGGUAUGCAACACCUGUAUCCAUAGAAACUCCCCUACCAAGCUCAGUCACCAGAUGCACCUCACUGAACGUGAUCCGUGAUCCAUAUGUGGCCGGCAGUGGCGGUCGUAGUAACGUUGUCAGCAUGAUACCGGACAUUUCGCCCACUCCGAUACGCCCUGCUCUGCCCCCGCUGGCCCAUCUGCAAGACAUGCACGGUGCACGGGAUUCUCGCUCGCUACCGAACAGCAACCGGUUAGGAUCGCGGUCAGUCAGCCAGGACUCCGUGUACACCAUCCUCAUCCGACUGCCACCGGAGGGUGGAUCGGGUGACGAGCGGGCACCCUCGAUCAAGAUGAUACAGGACGACGUACCGAUGUCGAUGACGGUACCACCGAGACGUCCGCUACCGUCGCGCGAUUCCGAUUACAUUUUACCGGUAGCGACGCGGCGCCAAUCAACCGCAACCACUGACUUCCGGUUACCGCUCUCGGCAAAGAUCAUCUCCAAACCGCUGUCGAAGCAGCAGCAGCAACUGCACCAGGCAAACCUUGCCCAAACCGCCCGCCAGGUGAAGAAGAAGAAAAAGUCCCAGGAGAAGCGCCAGGAAACGAAGGCCGCCAAAACGCUGUCGGCCAUCCUGCUGAGCUUCAUCAUCACCUGGACGCCGUACAACAUCCUGGUGCUGCUGAAGCCACUUACCGCGUGCACCAAGUGUAUACCGCAGGAGCUGUGGGACUUUUUCUACGCACUUUGCUACAUCAACUCGACCAUCAACCCAGUCUGCUACGCCCUCUGCAACGCUUCGUUCCGGCGGACGUACGUGCGCAUUCUUACCUGCAAGUGGCACACGCGUAACCGGGAAGCGAUGACGCGGGGUGUCUAUAACUGAACGGUGCCAAGCGGUUAGUUUUUACCAACCAAAAAUCAUCACCAAUCAAUUUUGAAGGUGUUGGAGUAUUGGAGAUAGAUUUAUUCCAUUAGUGCAGGGUCAUGUUUUGGUUGGGUGUCCUGGGAUGAUUGCGUUGAGAUGUUUAGUCCGUGUCGAAAUGGCCAAAAACAAUGAUGAGCUCUUUGAUGUUUAUUCUGGGGUGGUCCCGUGGUACAGUCGUCAACUUGCUCGACUUAACAACAUGCCCGUCGUGGGCUCAAGCCUAAAAAAUACAGUACCCCCGUAGCAUGGACUAUGUGACUAUUCGGCUGCGUCGUCCUGAACAAGUCUCGAAAUUUUGUAUAGGCCGGCAUGUCCGCGAGGGACGUUACAUCAAAUAGAAGUGCUUUACAUACUAUUUUUUGUAAGAUUUUUUUUCCUUAGAAAACUCCAUGGUACCGAUGAUCGAUUCUCAAUAAGUUGAAUACGAAAACAACUAUUGCAAUUAACUUGAGUAAAAUGUUAAAUUCUUGCACAUGAUUUCUAUUGCACAAACAAACAAAAAAUAUGUUUCUAGUGACUAAUCGUACAUUGAACCGUAAUGAAAGUAUGAAAGGAAUUUAGUACGUAAUAUGUGGUAUCUACUUUUGAUUUCUGCUCAAAAACUGGACUCAGCGACCAUAAGAAAACAAACUUUUUCUUCAUUCCAUCCUUACCCCAGACCGGAUAUCAAUCGACUUCCGAUGCCUCCGUUUUCUUGACAGUGCGAGCCUGCCGGGCGUCUCCGUUUGACCUUCGGUGACAGUUAAGCCCCGGCCAUCAGUCAGCUUCAGGCGCCUUUUUCCGACGGACACACGGUUGGUGUAGAUUUCUAAUAAGCGAGACUACGCGAAACGGAAGUCAAACCGUUUGCUGUUGCUGCUGUUGCUGCUGUGUCCCCAAGGAGCGUCAAGCUUCAACCGGAUACGAAAUCUCUUCCAUGGCUUUGCUGCUGCUGAGCCAAUUUAAUUCUCACUUGCUCCGGUUUCUAGCCUGUGUUUUCCUAAAUAAUUCCCAUUUCCCACACCUCAAGCCCUGCCCGCCCCGGUGCUACUGCGAUUCUUUUUCCCAAAAUCUUGUGCGCUUUGCGUGCCGUUCCGGUCGGUGCCUUUGUGUUUGUGGCUGUUGCGUGUUUAAUUAAGAUUAAUGAGUGUAUUUGCUUUACUGUUCUCGGCAUACAAGUUGACUGUUUCUCUUACUGUUAAUAUGAACAAAACAGAAGAAAAACGUGGUAAAGGGAUAAGCCGAGCCAAGGUGGGCAGUGUCUGUGGUAAAAGAGGAUGUUGGGCGAGAAGCUAAGCUCCUCUUUGCAUCCUUCCAUGUACGCUGCUACGGCGACGGAAGAUUCCAUUGGGGAAUAGGAAAAGUUCACUACAGACCGAGCAAUUUUCGCUAGAACGAGACGCUUGGUCACUAUGUCUCACUUAAGACUAGAGCGUAAGGUAAAAAUUCUACCGACAAACCAUCUUAGCAGUUCCUGUGUCAGCGUAUGAGUGCACACGCACUGCAGGAUUGGGAAAGCUCAUAAGCAUAAAGUGAGAGAUUUGGGAAUGUUUCUCCGAUGUUAAUUACAUUAAAUCUCAAUGUACAUCUCUGAAUACUUGAGUAAUCGCACACAGAUAAAGUUUUCCUGGUAAUGUCAAUGUUGGCACACGCAGGUUGGAAAGUCGUAACACAUACAGUAUCGGACAUUAAGAUAGGACCCUUUUUUUUCAAUGCACCGUGCACUUGUUUUGCCACGUUACUUGUGUUUGUGUGUGUGUAUGUGUGUGUGUGUGUAUGUGUGUGUGUGUGUGAGUGUGUGUGUGUAUGUGUGUGUGUGUGUGCAUGUGUGUGUGUGUAGUAGUAGUAGAAAGAGAGUGUGCUUUUAAAUGUGUAUUUGCAAGUGCGCGGGUUUGUGUCUGAAAAACAUAGCUUGCCAUGAUGUCAUAUUGCGUUGAAAUUAUUCUUAUUAUGUGUGUUAUCAUGUGAAACAUCGUGCGUUUACACUUGGAUAAAAACUAAAGUUUGCAUCGACAGCAGCGCUUGUUCCUCGGACGAAAACGCAGGUGUGCUGUUUCAUGAAUGUGAAUGCGACACCGGUGCGAAAUGGAUACGCGCACAAUAGCAAUGAACUCGGCAUUCCCUCACAGGUGUUUCUCCAGUGCACGCCAUUGAAAGGCCUUCGUGCAUCUCUGCGUUGCACGUUGUGUGCGAAUGGUAAACUUUGUGCGUGCAUUGAGCUGGCGCGCAGUUAUUCUUUUCAAUGGGCGUUUUGUUUCAUGAGCGCGGCAGUAUUCUUUUCUCGAUUUUGAAGGGAAGACGCUUACUCGCGUACUCGUUGAUAGUUUUUAUCCAUGCGAUGUUUUUGCUGCUCCAAAACGAUGUAAUUCAUCGCGUAUAGAAGUAGAACGCAGGCAGAGCACGGGAUCAGCCGUGUCCAAGUUUUUAACCAGUGCGUUCUUGACGGUCCAAGCAAGCAAUGUUAGUAACAAUGGGUCGAGGUAAACGUUGUACCGAUCAUCAGCGCCAUAUGUAAAAGCGAAUGGCUGCUGCUGGCAUUAAGCGCAAAAGGAUCGAGUUCGUAAUGGAACGAUCGCGCACUUUUGUGGCAAACGCGCUUCGGACAACCGAAACGUGCUUAGACAACUGAAACGCGUUUGGACAACCGAAACGCGCAAGUCAACCGGACGUCCUCAGAAGACCACGGCGAAAGAAGACCGUAACAUUGUUAAUACAUCGAAAACACACUGAUCGCGAGGGCGGUGGUCCUGCUUAUCACACCAAAAACCUAACCCAAAACACAAAAAAACUACUUACAAAUCUAUUCGAAACGACCUACUUGUGAAACAAACACACACAUCAAUACACAUUCAAACAUACAUCCACACACACACACACACACACAUGCACACACACAUAUACACACACACACAAACACACAUACACACACAUACACACACAUACACACACACAAACACAAGCACAUACAAACCACACAUCAACUUGGCCCAACGGGUGCACGGUGCGUUAAAAAACCAAUGCCCUAUCUUUCUGUCCGAUACUGUACACACGCAUCACGUGGUGACGAUUAUUUAAAAAGGGACAGCCCAUGGGGAAAUUGUUUUAGCGCUCUGUACAAUGAUUAUGUUCUAAUUUAGAACAUUUGCUGUAAUUCAACACAAACAUAUUUGUGAAAUUUUUGUGUAAUAGUUGAUCGUUUGCGUUGAGUGCUCGUUUGUUUUGGGUCCCUUUAAGUGAUAGGAUAGACUUCAGGGUACACUAUUUAUUCACGGUUCAGCAGAUUUCUUACAGAUUUUGGUAUAAUAUCGAAUAAUAUCGAAUCGAACUUACAUUGAAGAGAUACUAAAGAGGCAAACAUUUUUAAAAUAUCAAACUGUAAUUACAAACAUUUUUAGUAUCAAAGGGAAUUCUUUGCGCAUAGGUCGUGCUGCUGGCUUUGGCCGCAUAAAAAAGGCAGUUUUUACUGAAAACAAAUAUGAAAAUCUUGCAAAAUUGGUAACACAAUACUUCAAAAAGCAUCGCAUGAGAUAGUUGAUAGCGUCUUUUUUAAAUUGUUAGAACUGUGUUGAGCUAGGAAGUUGUGGUGUGACGUAUUGUGAAGCUCUUCAGGACAUUCCAGGACACCGAUAAAACAAAAUACAAAAACUCUUAGUUAAGCUAUAGCACAUUGAACGAUGACAAAGCAAAAAACAAAAUCAAACUCUGUAACAGUUAAGCUUGAUGAGUAAUAAUGGUUAAAACGGUAAACAAACAUCGAUAUCAUCUUGAAGAAAAGCAUCCUAAAUGGCGAUUGUAUGUUUAACGGCCUAAAUAAAGUUAGUAACGACACAACAUUUACAUACACUUUCGUGAGCAUGGAAUGCCACAACAUCCAAUGCACCAAACAAACAGUUUACCAUUACUUCUCACAAGCACAAACGGUGCACAAUCACAGGACGGCGUUGCGUUAUAAUCCUCCUGUUACGUUACGGUGUUAGAUAGGUGUUUGAAUCAACUGAGUGUGUGUGUGAGAGAGAAAGAGCGAGAGAGAGAGAGAGAAAGAGCGAGAGAGAGAGAAAGAGCGGGAAAGAUAGAGAGAAAUAGAGAAAGCGAGAGUGCGUUGAAUUGAUAAGCGAAGUACGUUAACGAAGUGGUUAAUUUUUAAUCAGUUAAUCGUGCGCGCAACGUGUUCAGUUGAGUUUAAACACUCUCUAUAUACAUCUUUGGACAGCAAAAAUACACUAUUGUAGCAAGGUAGAAACCAGGAACUUUAUCGUAUGUAAAUCACUAGCACUUACGCAACGCGUAGAAUGAACUGUACUAGCGAGAAUUUAAGAUAAAAACAUACCAAAACACACACAGUAGAUCAGAUAGGAAGGUGACGAAAACCAAACCGUUCAACACAGCGACAAACAAUGUAAUUAGCCACAAACAUGUAAAACGGUAGCGAUAGUAGUGUGCAAAUAGUAGAACCAUUUCAUCGUCAAAAAUAGUACCAAUCUCAUAACAUUCAUUAGCGCACUAGGUGCGGACAUAGACAUUGCUAAUUUAGUCGCAAAAAACCUAGUGCGUAGACAAACAAAUAUCGAUGGUCGGUAGUACCGGUAACGCUGCAAAUAUAGCCACUGCAAAACGGUGACCACACACACAAUUGAAACAUUGCUCACGGAUUAGGGAAAAGAGGGAUGCGUCGGAAUGCCGUCGUCAUCGUCAUCAUUGUCGAACGCGCUCGAACAAAAGUAACCCUCGAACGGUCCGAGUCGUUGGUGAAGGUAGCACUCUGUAAGAGAUUGCAAGAAAGCUGAUGUUUUUGACUUACGGUCACUGCUACCAGACAGAUCAGAGAGGCCUGAAGUCGAGCGCGUUCAAGGAUUAGAAGAUAGUAAUUGAUAUGUGAAAAAAGAAACCAAACAAAACGAACCAAAUGUUGACUUUAAGCAAAUGGAAUUAAUGUGUAGAAUUUUUUGUACAGAAAAUUGUGACCUAUCCGCGAAAUGUUUUACCUUUAUUAGAUUUAUCGUACAGCUAAAUUUUCUGUUGCCUUUUUCCGUGGUGGAGAUUUUCAUACUGCCUGUAAGCAUUGUGUGCAAUGUUUCAUGCGAUUUGUUGAUUAACAUUGUACACAAGAUUGCAAGAUUCACAUAAAAAUAGUAUUAACGCUUCAUAACGCUUCGUAACGCUUUCCGUUUCUUUUCGGCCUCAUUUCAUAUUCCACACAGUAUACCACACAAUCAUUACCGCAAGUAAAAGAAGAUAUUGAAUGAUUCAGUACUGGGAAAAGCUAAUAUAAAAACUGUAACGACAAGAACACACAGGCGAUAACAAUGUAGGGAAGGCAUAAUUUCGCACAGAGUACGAAAACGUUAUAUAUUAUU